GCCCCGUCCGAGGUCCCCGUUUCCGGCCGACCCGGAUGCAGAUUUCCCAAACGGAAGGGCUCUUUUCCCGGUGCGGGUUUCAGCGUUUCUAGUUGCAGCUGGCACGUUGAUGGUCUGGGUGUUGCGGCCUCCACACCCGGAGUCCGGGCCCUCGCUAACUUGACAGUCCCCGCAUCCGCCAGCCCCGCCCGCGGGGAGCCCGGCCUGGUCGGAAGACGUUGUGCUGCUGCACUGGAUCCGCGUCUGUUUCCGGUAAACUGCCUCCCAGGCCGUUUCGCCCGUUUUUCUGCCUCCGUUCUUUUCACCGUCUCUCCCUGGCCCCCGCGCGUGUCAAGGCCCCACUGGCGAGGUGCAUUCUCGCCCUUCGCGGUACCGAGGGGGCAGCACCACGACGCCCUGCUCUCCGGAUCCUGCAGACCCCAGCCCCCUCCUGAGUUCCUGUCUCCCUUCUCGCGUCUUUCUGGGCCCGGCCCUGCUGGUCCUUGGGCUCUCCACAGUCAGUUCCUCAGGGAGGCCCUGAGUCCCUUGCUGGGGCUUUCACCUGCCCCUGUCCUGUGGCACCCCUUGUUCUGUCCCGUCCCAUCCUGCUGGCUGUGCCUGUCAGGUAUUGUUUACAUUCCCGAUGAGCCAGCACAAAGCGUGCUUCUGGACAGGGGCAUCUUCAUUCUGUUCCUGUGAAUGUGAAGGUGGGGCCGGGGGAUAGGGGAAAGAGAGAGACCAGGGAGAAGCAGGGAGCUACAGCCAAAGAGAGUGAUGAGAAAAAGCAGCUGUGAAAUUGAGGAGAGGGAAGUGGGUCCGAUGGGCUUUGAAAGACCAAAUAAGAGUGAGAGCGUGACAUGAGCUAGAAGCAGUGGAAUAAAUGAAAGUGGCAAAAAAAGGAUCAGCAGAGAGAUGGAAAAGAGCAGAAGGGAGAGAGGAGUCGAGCAACAGUAGCAAUGGGGGCAAAAGAAGGGUAGAUCCCAAAUUCAUUAGAAUUUUGUUUUUAAUUCCCAAUGUAUAUUCCCUCUUAAAUAUGUCAGAGUCAGAUGAUGAGGUCUUAAUGGUUUUAUAGUCUGUUAUUAUAUGUUGAAAGUAUUCUUUGGUGCUUAGUAAAUAAUUGUACACUAUUUCAGUGUGCCCUUGAUUAAGGAUAUUGGCAAUUUUUUAUAUUAACAGUCAAAACCUAGUUUAACCAAUUAGUCUAAUAUUCCACAUCUUCUCUUUCUUCUUAUGUGAUCUUUUAACCUAGUGGGCUGUGAACUAGUUCCCAGUCAAGUGUGUAUCUAUUUCCUUUGUCCUUUCUCUGGAAAUGACCAAGGAUGGGUUGGAUUGUUGUGGGACUUUGUUGAAAGAUAGCCCAUCUGUUCAUAAUUGGAUAAAUUACUCAGCUGCUUCUAUUGACCUUCUUCCAUGGUUUUCAGUGCUACUAAUUAGGUCUUCUUAAUUACCUGUUUUUUGGUAGUUUAAUCUGAUGUUCUGGAAAAGAGGAAUUAAAUACUUGAGAUAGUGAUUAAAACCAUGAAAGAGAAGCAGCUCUUGCUCAGGUGUAUGAUAUGUGAUCUAUAAAUUUUAGGGGUAGGGGUGAGAAGUGCAAGCCUUACCACUGUCCCAUCCAGGCCGUGUCUUUCCUGUGAGGAGAGUUCUGCUCUGCUGGCCUCUCCCACCGACCCCUUCACCUGCCCCAGUACACAUGCAGGGAGUCACGGGGCAGUUUGAUGGGAAAGGUCCCAGGCUUUUUUUUUUUUUUGUCUUUUCUUUUUUUAAGUUUAUUUAUUGUGAGAUAGCACAUGAGCCCGUGUGAACAGGGGAGAGGCAGAGAGAGAGGGAUAGAGAGAAUCCCAAACAGGUUCCACGUGCUGUCAGUGCAGAUCCCACACGGGGCUCCAUCCUCCAAACCUCGAGAUCAUGACCUGAGCUGAAAUCAAGAGUUGGACGCCAGACCCACUGAGCCAGCCAGGUGCCCCCGGACCUAGGCCCUUUUAGCCAAAUAGAGAACAAAAGCAUCUCUCCAAGGAGGAGGAAGGAGGAGGUGCUUUGCUCUGUAAAGGGAGCCUGUAGAAGGAAUUAGAGUGCUCUUUGGGGAGUUAAGGGUCCUGGAAUGGGGGAGAGUUUGAGAAGCUCUGACCCUGUGCUCAGCAGGUAUUAGCAGAGACUGGGGUCUUUGUCUUCAAGGGACCGUCAGUCCAGUGUGUAGACUCACCACUGCCACGGACCGUGUGGGCUUCACUGGGAUAGGAGAGUGUUCUGAAGAAAUGAGCAGAAAAGCCCGACUGUUGAUCUUCACGGAGGAGCAUAAUCCUGCUGAAUCCCCGUUAUUUCAGCGUGCAGCGGAGGACUGGCUUUGCCACAGAGUGAAUGCCUUCUCCUGGAUGUGUGUCUGCAGUGCAGGGAGGGGCUGUGCUGUUUCGAAGCCCCGAAAGCCAUCGCCACGCUCAGGAGUGAGGGAGUGACUUUCAAGACGGAUCUUGGCUGAGAAAGAAAUCUGAAUCAAAGUUCUGUCCUCUCCACUGGGUGACUCAUAGGAAAACAAGAGGAUACAGUACCCAGAAUCCAGCUGUCACCUCCCCAGAAAUUUAAACACUUCUCCAGUUCCUCAGACCCUUCAACUCACCCCAGAAGGCAAAAGAUUCAAUUUCUCCAUCAUAGUACAUGCAUACAACGGGCAGAGAGCAAAGCUUGGUAAUCACCUUGGCAUUGCCUAUCUCUGUGAUGCUGAAGACAUUCUCAUCUCUGUGCAUUACAGAAGAGAUUCAGAUUUCCAGAGUUGGUAAGCUUUGGAAGAUGCUAGUGGAGCAUUCUGCACUAUGGAGACAUGUACGUGACACCUUACAGGCUUUGCCUGCUUAGUGCUUGGACUGCCAGUGAGCGAGGACCCAGAGAAAGACACCUGCAUCUGGGUUAUUGACAAUGCAGCCACUGGAAUCAGUGACAUUUGAAGAUGUAGCUGUAGACUUCACCCAGGAAGAGUGGGCCCUACUGGACGCAUCCCAGCGAAAGCUGUUCAGAGAUGUGAUGCUGGAAAAUAUACGUCAUCUGGUCUCCCUGGGGUACCAACAUUGCCAGUCAGAUGUGAUUUUCCAGCUGGAGCAGGGAGAAGAGCUGUGGGCUGAAGGAAGCGGAUCUCUCCAAAGCCAGGGUCCAGGUGGGGAAAGUGCCCUUAAAGAACAAGACAUGAUAGCCCCACAGCGUAUCAGCAGCAAGGACACAUCUACGGUCACGCCAGAGAAGUCUCCUUCGCCAGAGGAUCCCUUUGAAUGCAGUGACUUGGAAGAAGAUUUCACUCGCAGCUUCAUGGUGACUCGGCGUCUGUUGACUCCCACAGAAAAGACCCCCUGUGUCAGUAAACAGUGUCAAAAAUCCGUUAGUGAGUCGUACCUUAAUCAACACAAGCACCUUCACACUAGAGGUAAAUCAUGUGAGUGCCAUCUGUGUGGGAAAGCCUUUAGCAAUUGCUCCAGCCUGAGGAGACACGAGAUGACUCACACCGGAGAGAAGCCCUAUGAAUGCCGUCUCUGUGGGAAUGCCUUCAUUCAAAGCUCUGACCUUAGAAAACACAAUCUGACUCACACUGGAGAGAAACCGUACGAGUGUCACCUGUGUGGGAAAGCCUUCAGCCAGUCCUCCAACCUCAGACAGCACGAGAGAACGCACACGGGGGAGCAACCGUACGAGUGCCACCUCUGUGGGAAAGCCUUCAGUAAAUGCUCUGCCCUCAGACGGCACGAGAGAACGCACACUGGGGAGAAACCGUACGAGUGCCACCUCUGUGGGAAAGCCUUCAGUCAGUGUUCUGCCCUGAGACGACACGAGGGCACCCACAACGGAGAGAAAACUAGGAAUGCCUUCGGCAAAUGUCCUGACCUCACAUGACCCGCGUGGCACGACUGUCACGAAGGCGGGCACCACGUCCACCACAGCGGUUAACACUGAAACACGCCACAGGACUCGCAUGUCAUUCGGUCUCAUUUGUCGGACUCACGCAAACUUCUCUGGGAGAAAUCCGCCGUGUGCCGUCCACGCGGCAAGACCUUCGGUCAGUGCUCCGACCACAGGCGACACGAGCGCACUCACUCUGUAAAUGCGAGGAAGGGACAGGUUUGCGGCCACGGCACCUCCGCGCGGGAGAAGCCCGAGGUCGGUAAUCACCGUGCACGCCGCUCAGCGGGCACCGGGCCUGCGCCCAAGAAAGCUAAGUGAGGUCUGAGUAGACGCUCGCCCCAGAUGGAAGAGGGAGAACGCUCUUGAGGAACACCAAAAGUCACACCGCGGUGAAGACUCACGGGGAACCCCUUGGCUCACAGAGAAGCCCCGUGACGCGUGUGAGGACACAGACCCUACAGAGCAGUGUCACCAGCAGAGGAGAAUCCAGUGGUCACUCACUUCUUAGCCAACGUUAAAGUUCUUACCCUAAGGAGACAUCAGUCGUGAAACCAAAGUGGAGGGAACUUCAGCUAGAUUUCACGUCAGAAAACUAAGUCGGGGGACAAAAACCUCUAAAAGAGCCUUUUGGCGUAGAAUUUAGCAAAUAUUUCAGGAUUUUGAGAAAAUAUUCAUGGGGAAAAUGUGGCAUGUAAGUGCAAAAUAGUAAGGUGAUCCGGGAAUACUGAAGGCAGAAGUUUGUAAGAAAUUAAAUUUUUUCAAUAGAUUAUUACUUGUAAAUAUUUAAACAAUAAACCCUGUUGCUGAAAAAUCUAA